AUGUACAACAAAAUCGCCAAGAUUUCCCCGGUAAAGACUGUCCUAAAGCUCAAUGCUGUCCUUCCAAACUGGAAAGUAGCUGAAAAUGGAGCAUCUUCCUCACUUUCCCGAUCCAUCGUGUGCAAAAACUUUGAAGACACAUGGGCGCUCCUCACCAAGGUGUCGAUGCGGGCGCACUUGCUCGGUCACCAUCCCACUAUCACCACCACCUAUAAUAAGAUCAGUUUCAGGUUAACAACGCACGACUUGGCUGAAGCAGGCGGGGAGGGAGUCAUCUCAGACGUGGAUGUCAAGUUGGCGAAAAAGAUCGAUGAGUACGCGGGCCUGUUCUUGAGGGAAGACAGAGCUUAAGCGGUUUUUGCAAUGGCAGGGAGAAACGUGAAUUUCAUCUCCGAUGCCGUGACUGAUCAGAACCGGUGCAUGUCACUAAUGCUGCAGGUAAUCUCAAAAUAUAGGGAACCACACCCAACCGAUGAACUAGAAUCCACUGGUUGGUUUUUUUCCCUGUAUAAUUCGAUUGCAAUGCUUGCUAAAUACAUGAUCUUUGAGAUCAUAUCUGCUUUCAAUAGACUUGUAAUAGCCUCCUGUGGC